AUGCUGAGCUCAUGGUUUGGUCAGCAGCAGCAGCAGCAGCAACAACAACAACAAAACGCUAAUGAAGAGGGCAAUCCAGAUAGGUUAUCUUCUCGUGCAACACCCAACAGGCCUUCACCUUCGUCACCCAAUGAUGUAAACCAAAACACCCGCGCGUCAGUGGAUAGGCCCGCAAAGCGCACCUUUCCAACUGCUUUUACUACCCCUCAUGAUGCUGUACUAGCGGAGCUUCAUGGAAUACAACUAAAGGCACCCGCAACGGACACUUCAAAUCGCCCUGCCUCUUUACGGGAGGAACAAGUCCUGUCUCCUGACUUAGACUCUACUCUACCUCUAUCGGAAGAUAAAGCCACAGCCCUUCGCACAGAAGCCAACCCAUCGGGUCGCACAUCCAAAGCCGCGUCACAGCAGCUACCCCUUGCCAGUUCUCCUGAACUCUUGAUAGACCCAUUUGAUGGCAUGUCUUUGGGAGUGCUUGUUCCGCACCAGGACAACCCCAAUGCUGAUGUCCAAUCCACUUCACAAAUUAAUCUUCUGAACGACGCCGAAGGAGGCGAUAAUGGUUCAGGAAGUCAAGCCAUUUGGACCAAUCUUUCCCGGGUGCUGGAAAUCCAGUCUCAGAUAUCCAAAAUGCAUCUGGAAAUGGAAAAUAUCAGCACAGCCAAGGUAUCGAAUACGAAAAGCAAUAAAAGGCAACAUAAAUCGAACAAUCCCACUUUGUUUGGGACAGCUGGUGGUAGUGCUUUCGACCUUACUUCUGAGGAUCCCGUAGUCCCUCCCGGUCUGCAUCAACCUAGGGAAAGGGCAUUGAGUAAUGUUUCAACUGUUUCUUCCGCGAAUGAUGCGCAUGACGAUGAAGAAGGUGUCAAUGUUCCCAAUGAAGAGGCGGAGAAAGCAAGGAUUAGGGAAGAAGAAUUUGCAAAGCUGGCCUCCCAGUUUGAAGGUCGGAAGGAUGCUAUCAAGGGUAUAAUGGACAAGUUAGAUGACCUAUCUCAAGCUUUGCACCAAUUCCAUCAUCUUCCUCCUCCACCUAUGCCGGAUGUUUUCAAUGACAUUCGUAAUGGCUCAUCUGGAGCCUCGUCCCCUCCUCUUGGCACAACCUCUCCCCUACAUAUGUCCGACAACAAAGACAAAGGCAAAGCGCCAAUUAGACCUCCAGGCACAGCUUCUGACCGUACAUACGAAUGGACACAACAGUACGCUUUUCCAUCUACCUCGGCGUUACAGACACCUCCUCCCAUUAACCGUCGAAAGAGCGAUAAUGCGAUAAUCGGCGCCUCCUUGAGCAGAACUGCGGCGGCGCAAAAAUCGGUACCGACAUUAAUGCUCAAUUCAGUGGACAUGGAGACACGGAUACCCGUAAUGGAUAGUCCUGCUUCCAUAAUUGGUAGUUUAAAGCAGGAUUAA